AUGCCAGCAAUGUCUGCAAAUCAAAACCCCGGCGUUCCUGCUUUCCCAACUAGUGGCUUAUUACCCAAAGAGACCACUCAAGCAUUACAAUUUAUCAAAAAGUACCCCGAAUAUGACGGUCGCGGAGUUCGAGUUGCAAUCUUGGACACUGGUGUCGAUGUUGCAGCAAUCGGUCUUGAUCAAAAAGGUAAGAUUGUAGACGCAAUCGAUUGUACGGGAUCAGGUGAUAUUCAAUUGGUAGAAGUCAAGCCUUUGGACGCUAAAGUAGAUGAUGCAACCAUCAGCCUGAAAUCUCCUUUGACAGGCAGAACCCUUUUGAUCUCAACACAAAAUCAAAAUCCAACUGGUCAAUGGUGGGCAGGUACUCAGGCAGCUUACAAGCUAUGGCCAAACGAUUUGAUCGCUCGUCGCAAAGCAGAACGCAAGAAGGAAUUUGAUGUUGAACAUGGCAAGAUCUUCGACUCUGUUCAACAUAAGUUCUAUGAACUUGAACAUCAAUCAAAACCUGCCGCAGAUGCCACUGAGAAGGACAAAAAGGUGGAAGAGACGCCAAAGAAUGGAGCAAUCACCAAGCAGAAAGAAGAACUCAAAGCUCAAUUAGCCGCAUUGAAAGAUCUUCAACAAAAUUACGCCGAUAAUGGACCGAUUAUCGAGGUUGUCGUUUUCCACGACGGCAAACAUUAUCGCACAAUCGUUGGUGGAGCAGAAGGUGAUGUGCAUGACCCAACAAAAGGUCUCCCAAACGCUCAGCUUACACCAUUAAAAGAAUCAACACUUGAUCUUCGUAAAAAUAACGCCAUCACAGAUUUCCGCUUCAAAGGACAACAUGGCCAAUUCGGUGAAGUCGAUAUGCUCACAUACAGCACAAACGUUCUCACUGAUGAUGUGGAUGUCGAACAAGCUGUUACUGCACCCAAGGGAAAGCCAAUUGCUCUUUCAUUGGUCGUCAAUUCUGGCAGUCAUGCAACACACGUAGCAGGUAUCGUUGGAGCGCACAGACGUGAUGAUGAAGUGCAAAAUGGUGUUGCACCUGGCUGUGAGAUCGUCACACUUAAAAUUGGUGAUACACGGUUGGGAAGUAUGGAGACACAACAAGCUCUUCUUCGUGCAGCUCAAGCCUUGGUAGUGACAAAGUGCGAUAUUGCCAAUAUGAGCUUUGGUGAAAGCGGUGGCUUUGGCGUGGAAGAUCGUGGUGCAUUUGCUGAAUUGUUGAGAGAUCAUGUUAUUCGUAGACGUGAUAUUCUCUUCAUUUCCAGUGCGGGUAAUAAUGGUCCUGCUUUGACUACCGUUGGAAUGCCAGGAGGAACAACGAGUGCAAUCUUGAGUAUUGGUGCUUAUGUAGACGCAGGAGCAAUGCAACAGGCUGAAUAUGCAUUAGUGGAACGCAAUGUACCUUCUUCUGCCACUACUUGGUCAAGCAGAGGUCCAACAACUGACGGCGAAAAAGGUGUGGAUAUCUAUGCGCCUGGUGCUGCAAUCACAUGCAUUCCACGUUAUUGUUUGCAAGCAACCAUGAUGGCCAAUGGUACUUCUAUGUCCAGUCCAAAUGCUUGUGGAUCGAUUGCCUUGCUUUUGUCAGGUAUGAAGAAGGAAAAGAUCCCAAUCACUGCAGCUCGCGUAUACAAAGCUGUUCGUGCAACAGCGAAAGAUGUCAAUGAUGAUUUGGGAAUCCCAUUCAUUCAAGUUGACAAAGCAUGGGAUUACAUCGUUGCACAUAAAGAUCUUCCCGAUCAAGAUGCUGAGUUCCUCAUUGCAGUCACGGGAGCAGGAAAGCCAGUAGGACGUCGUUCGACUGAUAAGCGUGGUAUCUAUCUGCGCGAUGCACCCCAAACAAAUCGUGUGAACCAGUUCACUGUUACUGUCAAGCCAACUUUCCGCGAUUUCGGAGAAGGUGAGCAAGCAUACAACCUACAAUUGCCUGUUUCCUUAGUGCCAACCGAAAGCUGGGUUCAAGCUCCCGAAUUUGUGUUCUUGGGAGGAAAUGGCAGAUCCUUUGAAGUUCGUGUUGAUACAACAAAGCUUGAACCUGGAUUGCAUACAGCCAACAUUCGAGGUUAUGAUUCAGAGAAGCCAGGAAGACAUCUGUUCGACGUUCCAGUUACGGUGACCAAAGCGAUCCCAAGUUCUGGACCUAGCGUGCAAAUUCACAAGGUGAAAUUAUCAAAAGGCAAGGUUGACAGACAUUUCAUCACUGUUCCCGAAGGUGCUACUUGGGCAGAAUUGAAAUUGAGAUCUGCGAAUCAUGAAGUGCCAGGUACGUCUGUCCGUUUAUGGGUCCAUGCGGUUCAAUUGGAAUUGCAAAGACGUUUGCCAGAUGUAGAAAGUGCAUCGGUUAUGGCCUUGCACGAAAACGAAACCAUCAGCAAGAAAUUCAAGGUAAAAGGAGGUCAAACCAUGGAGGUUUGCUUGGCACAAUUCUUCACUAAUGCUUCUGCGUUUGAUCUGGAUGUUGAUGUUGAAUUCCAUGGCAUCACCGUAUCGAGAUUGGUUGGAGGUCGUGACGAGCUUACAAUCAUCGGCGGAGAAGGUAUUGCACGCCUGGAAUGCCGAUCUGAUCUGCGUGUCGAGACUUUCAAGCCAUCCAUCUCGUUCGAUCGUCGUCGUACAUUUGUUCGUCCAGCUUCUUCUUUCGUUCGCCCUCUUGCUUCAGCACGCGAUCUGGUCCCAUCUGGUAAGAGAAUGCACGAGAUGCAAGCCACGUACAAUUUUGAGUUGAAAGAGGAUCGAAACACAGUCACCCUAUCUUUGCCAUUGAGCAAGCAUCUUUAUGAUUCUGACGUUCCGAUGCUAUCGCAAUUGUAUGAUGUCAACAAGAAACGGGUAAAUUUCGGAGAUGUUUACCCGAAAGCGUUGGAUAAAUUGGAGAAGGGCUCAUAUACGUUCAAAGUGCAGCUCUUGCAUGUAGAGCCAACCGUUUUGGAAAGUUUGCGUAACAUGACGUUAUCGGUUGACCAGAAAUUGAGCAAGCCCGUAGAAAGCGUUGACAUGUAUGAAGAUCAUGUUGAGCAAUUUGGCCCGACGAAGCCAACUGUAAAGGAUGCCUCGAUCAAAUUAUUGCCAGGCGAGAGCAAGAUCUUGGUGAUUGAUACCAAUUUGGAAUCUGAAAAGCUCCCGAAAGAAGCUGCACCGGGUGAUCUUUUGCUCGGAACGAUUAGCUUCUGUGCUCCCAAUGAUAAAUCGCCUUUGCGCUAUCUCGUCCCUCCACCGGUCCGCAAACCAACGGAAGAUGAGGGCGAACCGGCAGCCGAAGAGGAUGGACCGGCGAAGGUGAUUGAAUUGUUGACCGGAUUGGCUGGAAAAGUGCCAGAAUCCGAGAAGAAGACAUUCAUUGACAGAUUGGUGAAAGAACAUCCUCAAGAUUUGGGUGUAUUGGUUGCCAAAUUGGAAUCACUCAAAUCGGAUGAUAAAGCUGAAGCUGCUUCGGUGAUUGAAUCAUCUGAUGCAAUCUUGCAACAUAAGGAUGUGGAUCCUAAUGCUAUCCUUGUGUACAUUGGCUCAAAGAAGCUUCCCGCCACCGAACAGUCAAAAGAGACCAAAGCAGCGAACAAGAAAUUGGACAAAGCCAAAUCAGCUUUGUUGCUUGCAUUGAAUCGUAAAAGUCGAGCAAUUUUAGCUCGUGAUGAAGGCAAAGUGGGGGAUGAAUUCGAAGGAGUGUUUAGCCAAUACCGUCAAUUUGCCGAUACGAGUGAUAAAGAAUUUGCAAAUGUUUACAUUAGCUGGAGUAUGAGUAACGGUCAAUAUGGUCAGGCUUUACAAGCAGCACGUAAAGCCAUCAAAGAAAUUGGAGCGGGAACUUCAUCUACUAUCAAAGAAAAGACAAAAACACAAGAGCUUGAACGGGAACUUUUUGCUAAAUUGGGUUGGAGAUUGUGGUCUGCCGUUGCGGAUCGCAAGCAUGUCCUAGACAAAGCUGAUGAUUAUGAGGGUUUCUGA